CAGAUGUUUCUCAGCUGCAGCACCACAGAGCCAUCUUUCAGUUGCAAAGAGCAGGCGCGGUCGUUUUGCGGAGCAGACGCUGCCCAGCCCAGCUGCUGCCAAAGUAGCAAAAGAAGGUCGAUUUUCUACAAACUCAGAUGUCUCAGGAGGAGGACAGAUCCAAACCACACCCUUUUAUUCCCAGACGCCGAGGAAACCGGGCUCAGAAGGCAACAUACUCAUUCGUUGCCCUCUGCGUCCUCAUCCUGUAUCUCACGGAACAGAGCCUCCACCAUGUGGCCCAGUGUUUUAUCCUCCAUUUUGUGGCCCUGCAAGUCGGAGCCCUCGUCAAGGGGGCCUGCACCUUCACGGAAGAGGUCCACCAUGUGUCAGACAGGUAUCAAGGGAAAUAUUUCAGAGCCCUGAAUGCCUGCCUGGAUUUGCGCAGGGGCGGCCUCCUCCUCUUGUUAUGCGGAGCAGCCUACCUGUUGCUUCCCAAAGGAACUGAGCUUCCGCUGUGCUUGAAACUGAGCCUCGUGUGCCUCUGUCAGCUUCUGGCUAUCAUCUUUGGCCUUCAGAAUCCCUCAGCUGCCGAGAUUUCAGAAAUAUGUGAACGAAACAACUUCAAUGUAGCACAUGGACUCGCCUGGUCUUAUUAUAUUGGCUAUUUAAAAACAAUUUUGCCUCAACUUAAAGAUUCGAUUAGUACUUUCAAUGAAAACAAUAAAUCACUGCUGAAAUGCCAGAAGACUUGGAAAUUACACAUCCUGGUCCCUCUGAAUUGCGAGGUGCACGAUAACCUGUGGGAGGCUGACAGGCAUAUCCAGUUCAUAAACCACCUGCCGGAAGUUUAUGUGGAUCGAGCUGGCAUUAAGAGGAGAGUCUACAAGAACAGUGUCCAUGGAAUCGUGGAUGAGAACCAAAAGAUGCACUACUGUGUAGUGGAGUAUGCCACCCCUCUGCGGUCCCUCUUUGCCAUGUCCCAAGAUGAAAGUGCGGCUUUUAGCAGGACGGACCGUCUGGAGCAAGCCAAACUCUUCUGCAGAACACUGAUGGAAAUCUUAGAGAAAUCCAAAGAGUGUUCCGGCUGCUACCAACUCAUUGUUUAUGAUGACUCAGGAGGAAAUGACAAGCAUUUUUUGUCCAAGGAAAUCCUACGACACUUAAAACAGCAGGACCAGGAGGAAUACCCCAUGUAUGAGAAGGAAGAAAGACGCAUUCACACACAGAACUGUCUGCCUGUCGAAGAAACCGAACUUCUGAUUAGUGACUUAGAUCAGCCUCUAUCUUUGCAUAGUGACGGCUACUGAAAUCGGGGGGGGGGGGGGGGGGUUUUUCCUUCCCCACAGAAGUAGGGUUGCCAAUCUCCAUGUGGGGCCAGGAGACGUCCCAGAAUUAUACCUGGUUUCCAUGGGUGUAAUGGAGGAUAGAAGGGUGGAUAAAAAAUAUAGUUAUGGGUAUAAAAUAAUGAUUAAAGCAGCCCAUGCAACAUGGAAAGAAAAGAAAAAAUGGACAUUACAGAA